CACACCGGAUAGCAUCGUUACUCCUUACAAGUUUAAACUAUAUAACUUCAUCGAUAUGUCUGGACGCGGAAAAGGAGGCAAAGUCAAGGGAAAGUCAAAGUCUCGUUCCAGCCGAGCUGGUCUACAAUUUCCCGUUGGUCGUAUUCACCGAUUACUUCGCAAGGGAAAUUAUGCUGAGCGUGUUGGUGCUGGGGCACCGGUCUACCUUGCUGCAGUGAUGGAAUACUUGGCUGCUGAAGUCCUUGAAUUGGCGGGUAACGCAGCUCGUGACAACAAGAAGACCAGAAUCAUCCCUCGACACUUGCAGUUGGCCAUUCGCAAUGACGAAGAAUUGAACAAACUUCUCUCAGGUGUUACCAUCGCUCAGGGAGGUGUCUUGCCCAACAUCCAAGCUGUUCUUUUGCCGAAGAAAACCGAGAAGAAAGCUUAAAUUUCGACAGUCAUCCAAACUCACAAUCGGCCCUUUUCAGGGCCACCAAAUUUAUUUACGUCAAAGAAUGAUUAUCGACUCGCGCUAACAUACUAUUUACAUCGUUUCAUCCAAAUUGAUGUCGUUAGGUUUGCGAUUUCGUAGGAUGCAUACGCAUUUAACUGUAAUCUUUAACCCGUACAACAAACUUAUUGUUACAUUUACCAAGUUUCCGAAACUAAUUGAAUAAGCUACGUACGGUCAAAAUCUAAAUGCAAACACUUCGACACAUAAACUAAUUUCGUUGGCUUUACAAAGCCUCUACACCGUUCCAAAGCCGAUGCUUGUGUACAUCAAUGUGAGAGUACAAUCGUGUUCCGAUACAUUUAGUCAGAUACGAAAUAAAGAUUCAAAUGCACCGAUAAAUACCA